AUCGGUGAAUCAAAGUUUCAUUCUUCUAUUUUAUUGUACCCAUCUAGGGUUCAGAAUUUAUUUUUAAUUACUCUAAGUAAACAUUAACUGAAUAAAAGACAUGUGAGAAGAUAUAAUCCAUCUUCACAUGAGACAAUAAAAUUAAUCCUAUUAGCUUGAGUUAGAUACGAGUUGCCAUUGCCAAUUAGAUACAUUUCCCUCCAGGCAACACGUGUUGAACCACACUCGUCCCUCAAUGCCUGUGGAGACAGCCCUUGGCUCGUAAAACGCCUAUAUCAUUGCAGCGUUCCUACCUGCACACGUGAAAACCACCCUAGUUUGUACAAACAUAAGGUUGUAGUUGAGUGGGGCUGGUUUGCGGCGGCGCGGGUGUUAUCGAGCGUGGGUGCUGGCUCAGAGCGCAUGCCCCUAUCGCUGAAACAGUACAUACCGCGACAUGCCGCGAAGCGCGAUUAACACGUAAAACGCGCUCCACUCCGCGGCCGAAUAGUUUAAUAUGUAGUCUUUGUGCCACCGUGAGGACGAAACUUUAAAUAAGGUUUUAUAAAUAGCAAGUGAACAAUUAUGAUCGAUAUAUCGGUGCGGCAUGGAUCGUGUGCUGUGCUGUGAUUGGUCGGCAUGGACAUACAGAAGACACACCUGUGCCCCCGAUUGGUGGAUUACCUAACCAUCGUCGGGGCGCGCCCCUACACGUCCGGGAAAGGCCUUGCGCCUGUUCAGGCUCCCGAGUUGCUCCGCCGCUACCCGCUGACCAACCACGAUGACUUCCCCCUGCCCCUGGACAUGGUGUACUUCUGCCAGCCCGACGGCUGCGUGUCGGUGGGGCCGAGGCGCGCCAGCCAUGGUGCAGCCAAUAGAGAUGCCUCGUCCUUUGUGUUCACGCUUACAGAUAAGGACUCGGGUAAAACGCGUUACGGAGUAUGCCUCAACUUCUACCGGGCGGUGGAGCGCGCGGCGCCGCGCCCCGACCGCGGCAUGCUGCGGAGAGAGUCAUGGAGGAAGUCCAUGGAGAAGUCCUCAGACUCGGCCUUCUCGAGUGACUACAGAAGCAGCAACAUCGGCCCUUCCGACUCGGAGCGCGAGUCCAGCGCGCCCGCGCCGCGGCUGCUGGCUCCGGACUCGGAGAGCGGCGGAGACACGCCCAGCCCUAGAGCCAGUCGGAAGAGACCGCGCAUCCGCAACCACUCUCUAACGUCCAUCUGCCUGCUGUCGCACCACCCGUUCCUGUCCACCUUCCGCGAGUGUCUGUUCAUACUGAAGCGACUCAUCGACGCGUGUAACGAGUCGAGCAGCCCGCGCCGAGUCGGCGCCUCCAGACAACUCUUCAGGGACACAGUGUGGUCGGUGCUCACGGGACAAGCCUAUGACAACACGCCAACUAUAGUGCUGCACGACGUGAAGGAAAUAGAGACGUGGAUCCUGCGCCUGCUGUCGGCACCCGUGCCUGUGCCGGGGAAGACUAGGGUGCAGCUUGAGGUGCUCUCGCCCACCGCGCACGCGCCGCUGGUGUUCGCGCUGCCGGACCACACCCGGUUCACCCUCGUGGACUUCCCGCUGCAUCUGCCCUUGGAGCUGUUGGGCGUGGACACGUGCCUAAAAGUCCUCACCCUAAUCCUGCUGGAAAACAAAGUGGUGGUCCAGUCCCGCGACUACAACGCUCUCUCGCUCUCCGUGCUAGCCCUGGUGGCCAUGCUACAUCCGCUGCAGUACAUGUUCCCCGCCAUCCCACUGCUGCCCAGCUGCAUGGCGUGCGCCGAGCAGCUGCUGCUGGCGCCCACGCCCUUCCUCAUCGGGAUCAAGAACACCUUCUUUACGCAUAAGAACAACUUCAGGUUACCAGACGACAUCUGGGUGGUAGACCUCGACUCCACGAAGCUGACUCCUCCCACAGGACAAGACCAGGACCUACCGGCGCUACCCGAGCCCGAGGGCUCCGUACUCAGGAGCCAUCUUAAGCAGGCGAUACUCGUCAUGAAGAAAGCGGGAUGCGGUGCUCUUAGCAGUCUAGCGAGCACUUCAGCAGAACAGGCCACCACCCCCCUGCUGCCAUCCAGGAGAGACAGUGUUGGAGGAGCCACGCUCAAAGUGCACGGCGCUCCAACCCGGACAGAGACGGCCCGCUCGCUGCCCGGCUCCGCCGCGGAGUCGCGCCGAGUGUCCACCGCGUCUCAUACGUCGGUGGCCAGUGCGCCUCACUCACCGCAUUCGCCGCAGAGGCAGGGGCAGCCCCAGCAGUUUAAUCCGCUGAUAUAUGGGAACGAUGUGGACUCGGUUGAUGUCGCUACUAGGGUUGCUAUGGUCCGUUUCUUCAACUCCCAAAACAUUCUGCUCAACUUCAUGGAGCACACGCGCACGCUGCGGCUAUACCCGCGGCCCGUGGUCGCCUUCCAGAUCAACAGCUUCCUGAGGUCAAGGCCAAGGACCACGGCGUUUUUGAACAAGUUCGCUAGGACUCAGGCGGUAGAGUUCCUCGCAGAAUGGUCCCUAACCCCAUGCAACGUGGCACACCUGCGCGUGCAGACCGGCCUGCUGGACCCGCGGCAGGUCGGAGACAAGCACAAGUGGUACCAGGACCAGCUGGAACCCAUCAGAUUCCCGGUGUGGGACGACGGCAGCUCGCUCAACGGCGCGCUGCGGCAGAUGCAGCGCCUCGAGACGCAGGCCACUGACGAGAGCGGUUCAGACUCAGAUGCGGCGGAAAGCACCAGUUCAUCAUACUCGUCGCUCAGCGACUUCGUGUCCGAAAUGGCGUCGUCAGACUUGUCGCCAGGUGGCAACCAUCAACAGCACGUGAUAGGAGAGACCUACAACGCCGUGGUGAUGACUCCAAUGACACUUUCAUCUUCAUUGGACCCAAAAACGGUCUACUCCCCGCCCUCGUCCCUACAAUACGGCACCCUAGAACCAGCACCAACACCAGCGCGCGCCGGCUCGCCCUCGCCGUCCAGCUCCGAGCACAGCUCUCUGUCUGACGACGAGCCGAAUGUCGUCGCGGAUAGCGAGCAGGGACCUAAGGCUUAUACUGACACAGACAGCGGCAGUUUCGGCCGUGAAUCAGACUCGAACUCGACGACCACUCCAAAGACGGUGGUGAGUCGUCAGCAGGUCGCCGACUCCAGCACCAGCGACUCUGAGCGCGCGCUGACCCCGAGCCACUCACAGGGGAACCAGUCUAAGACGGGCAGCGGCGUCCUCCGUCAAGCCUCCCAAAGCUCCAUGCUGGAACAGUUCGCGGCUCAAGCCAAGGAGCUGGUGCGGGAGACCACUCGCCAGAGCAGCCAGGAGGGACUGCUGGCUCAGAUGGACAAGAAAGGAAAAGUGUCGGAAGGCGAGGAGAAGAAAAUGUUCGCUCCAUUCGGACAGUUAACCCUCCACGCCAAGAAAGCGGCAGAGGAAGCAUCUAAGAGCAUGCACGAAGCGUCCAAGUCAGCCCUGGAGGCGAGCAAGACCGCCACGGCCGUCAGCAAGAAUACCUUCGAAGAUCUCACGUAUGUGGGCAAGUCUACGCUCGGGGAUCUCACUAAGAGUGCAAAAGAGGCGGCCGCUAAGAAGGGGCUUUUGAAGGACUCCUCCCUAGAGUCCCCCAGCCCGCCGGCGCGGCGCGACUCAUCCGCCCUCCAACCACACAGCCUGCUCGCCGCCACCAACCGCGAGUUCUUCUCCAACAUCAGCUCCGACCUCAACGGCCUGGCCGCCUCCACCUCCAGCAUGCUCAGCGACCUGUUCGGGAACAAAGGUAAACAACAACAGCAGCGCCCGCCCGACUCUCCUCAACAACAACGCUCCACCAGCAACCUCUCCCAGGCCUUCGGUCCGUUCUCUCAAGGAGGCAAGGGGCUGGUGCAGAGGACUCCACUCAUCCGACACUCGUCCCCGAGUCAUGAGAGAGCGACACCGCAGGACAGGACCAACGCUAACACGGAGAACCAGGCGUUUCUUAAUGAUUUGGUCCAGCACGUGCUAGAGGGUGAAGGUGUCGGCUGGCUCAAACUCAACCGGCUCAAGAAGCUGAUGGAAGACGAGUCUUACCGGAACAUGGUGCUCAGCAAGCUCAACCGCAACUACAACAGGAAGGCCACGCCGUGCGAUAAGUUGGAUGACGUUUACGUAAGCAAGCCGGUCUGGAAGGGCAUGCUGCGAGUCCUACAAGCAGUAGUGCACGGACUGGAGCAUACCUACAGCAACUUCGGCCUCGGGGGCACAGCUAGUGUGUUCCAACUGGCAGAGAUGUGCCACACGCACUACUGGAGCAGCGAGCUAGCUCAUACGCCACGGAGCGAGCAUUCUGACAUCCCAGAACUGAAGUACCCUGAAGUGGAUGCGGCCGAAGAGCAAAGCACCACUGAAAUGUUUAAGGACAUGCUGAACCAAAAACGAAACCUCCUUUUCAGCAAACUCACGUCUUUCGACUCCGAUGCGGGAGCGUCGUCGGUCUGUUCGGACGAGGAGGGCUCCAUCACCACCAACCGCCAGCACCUGGCCGGCCCGCGCGCCUCGCGCUCCAAUCUGUCCGAUACUGACGCGUUGUUCCUCAAUCUGCCGCGCGCCGGGUCCACCACCAAGCCUCGAUCGUCCAGCGUCUGGUCAUCCAAGUCUUCAAUGAGCGCGCGGCCGUCAGAGGGCGCUCCCGUCACCUCGCCCGUUACCUCGCCUGAGACCGCCAGGACCUAUCUGUUCCAGGGGCUUAUUGGCAAAGAACGUUCCAACCUCUGGGACCAAAUGCAGUUCUGGGAGGACGCGUUCCUAGACGCGGUCAGCCAAGAGCGAGACAUGAUCGGCAUGGACCAAGGAGCCAACGAGAUGAUGGAACGGUACAAGUGUCUGAGCGAGGCGGAGAGAAAACGCCUUGAGCAUGAAGAGGACAGACUGCUUUCCACAGCUCUGUAUAAUUUGACAGCGGCGCUCGUGAUGUUUGGAGUCAACUCGGAUAUUGUGAGGAAUAAAGUGAGGAGGUUGUUGGCUAAAAGUCAUAUUGGAUUGAUCUACAGUCAAGAAGUCAACCAUUUGCUGGAUGUGGUGCAUACUUUGCACGGCAACGACAUAGACCUCAAGCCGCUCGGGUCCCGCCUGCUGCGGCGACAGUCGUUCACGGUCCACGAGGCGGACGCCAGCGGAGCCCUGCGGUUCUUGGAGGUGCGGGACGACGGGCUCAUACUGCGGUCUACGCAAGGCACGAUCGUGGAGCGCUGGUGGUACGAGCGUCUCGUGAACAUGACGUACAGCCCCAAGAUCCGCGUGCUGUGUCUGUGGCGCAAGUGUGGCGGCCAGACGCAGCUUCACAAGUACUAUACUAAGAAGUGCAAAGCGCUGUACUACUGCAUCAAGGAGGCGAUGGAGAAGGGUGGGCGGCGGCAGCAUGCGGCCGAGCUGGGCGGCGAGUUCCCCGUGCAGGACCUCAGCAGCGGCGAGGGCGCGCUCAUACAGGUGUGCAUGGAGGGAGUGGGGCUGCUGUUCCACCACAGCAAGGAUUUCGAGUUCUUCGUGCGCCUCGACCACAUACGGAAGUGCUUCACGCAGAAUGGAGGUAUCUUCGUUUUAGAAGAAUUCAAUCCAAAAACUAGACAAAUAAUCCAAAGGAAAUACAGAUCAGUGAUGGCGGACCAAAUCUGCUACGCCGUACUCUGCGUGUUCUCCUACUUCGCGGCCGGGCAAGAGCAGAAGAAGCACAUUCUAGAACAAGCGGCCAGGGUGCCUCCCACGCCCACGUCUGCCGGGCCACCGCCAUCCAUCCCUCCCCCGCAACUACCCACCGGACCCGCGGGUCAGAUGGGUCAAACGGGCCAUGCAACGGGUCAAACGGGUCAUGCGGUGGGUCAAAUGGGGAAUGUGCCCGGGCAGUUGGGUGGUCAUGCUAGUGGACACCCGCCGGGGCAGACGUCUGGACAGCCGCCCGGGCCGCCGGGUGUGGGCAGGGGGGUCAAAGAGGAUAGUGGAGGCAGAAGUGUGCAGGACCCAAAACCCGGUCCAUGGCCGCCCGACCCGCGCUCGCCGGUCCGCCGUUCUCUGCCGGAAGUGGACAUAGGCCCUCUGACCGCGCGCCGGAGCGAGGCGGACAUAGGCCCGCGUCGGACGCUCCCGGACGUGGAGAUAGGGCACGCGGCGGCGGUUAGAGCCGAGUCGCUGCCAGCCGGGGCUACGCAGGGCCAUGUGCAUGUAAGUCCCCCGCAGCGAGCGGAGUCGGUGAGCGCCCCGCGGCGGCCGCCCGCGCCGCAGCGACUCACGCGCGCCAUGACCACCGCACGACCCGAACCACCCAAGUUGCCCCCGCGACCGACUGCCGCGCCGGGGGCGGGGCCAGCAGUGGGGCCGGUGGGGCGCGUGCCCCCCGCGCUGCCCCCGAGGCAACUCUCCGCCGCGGCCGAUCUCAACGCUUCUCAUACCGCUUCGCCGGGCCAGUCGCCGCCGCGGCGCACGCAGCGGCAGGGCUCAGUGUCCGGCCCCUUCGCCCCCUCCAACCCCUUCACUACCCCGCGCCACGCCGAGUUCGUCAUACCACAGAGAAGGCCCUCCAACGCCACUGACCAUUGACUCGCCCCGCUACUGACCACUUACUGCCUGUGUGUAGGGUGAAAAAAAAAACUUGUAUGAGUUUAACGGCUUGGCACUGUAGUAGCAUUUACUUUUAGUUGCAAAUCAAAUAGAUGAUGAAUACGGUUGGGCUUUCAGACCUAUGGCAUUGAUUGAUCCAUACUUCAUACCCUUAAAACACAGAAUUGAUGUUUUAGUAAAUGUGUAUCAUCAGUGUGCCUACCAUAUGCCAUAUUCUGAGUAAAGUACCUACUUAUUCUCUUUGUACCUUAUUGACUACGCCAUCUAUUGACCAACAUGAGAAAACUCAACUGUAUCGGACUUGAGGGGAUGUAAUUUAAUUUUUUGUGUGGUGCCCUGUUAACGUGUUAAGUGCUCCGUUUGAUUGAAGCCAUUCUAUCCAUUUCAAAUAACUGAAUAUAUUUUUACUACACAUCUGCCUGUAAUAAAAUGAGGAGUAAGUACUUGUCAAUGGAUCAAUACUUAUUUCGAUUAACACUAUGCGAUUUGUGAAAAUAUUUUUAGAACAUGUAUUAAAUUAUGUGUACCUACAACCAACAUAAAUAUAGGUAUACUUUAUGUACAAUUAAUAACCUACAAUGAUUUUUUGCGGUUUUUUUUAAUUUUAUUAACGCACGACAAUCACACCAUAUAAAGUAAUAAAGAAUCUAGUAUAUUACUUUGUUUGCGACAGAAGAAAUUAUAAUAUACCUACAUAUUAUUAUCAAUAACGUGAAAAUCAAUGUUUAUGAUUCAAAUAUACUAGCUAAAAAAUGUAUUACUAGUAAAGCGUUCCUAGAUUUGUUGUACAAUAAUAAUUAUAAAAAUUAUAUCAAUAUUAGGUAUGUAGUGGAUCGCUUUAUGAUGUGGUUAAGUCACUGACCAACCUCAGUUUAUCUAUUGAAAGAGCAAAGCAAUAUCGAUUUAGUUGUUUGUGUAUAUAUGUAUGUAGUUAUAAUGAAUGUAAUGUUACAAAUAGAUUACAUAAUUUUAUGUCCUACCGUUUAUAAUAAAUAAAAUAUUUCUGUAUAA